AUGGCAUCUUUGCCCCAGCAGCCUCCUGGGGGCAGGCAGCGACCAUCUACUGCCCUCCAAACAACUAGCCGCACCACAUUAUCCGGCGAGAGAGAUGAAGCGUCUCAAUCCGAAACGGAUUCAUCCUUUCUUACAACCUCUUCAGACGUCGUUUUCCCGAAGGUUUCGAGAAGUAUCGCGGCACAGACACCGGAGACAGAGAACACACUGCAUAAAUCUGAUAUACCACCACCACCACAACAUCAACAACAACAACAACAACAAUCGCAAGAAGGCGAACAACGGGAGCAAAAACAGACAGAACCCCAAGAUCCAGCGCCCGCAGCAAUGGACGACCCCUCAUCCUCCACCGCAAUACAAAAAAAUGAUACUCUUGCCGUUUCCGAUCCACGUAAGUGUUGGAUCUGCUACACCGACGAAACAGAAGAUACCCCAAUGAACACGGAGUGGCGUUCCCCAUGUCCCUGCGCCCUAACAGCCCAUGAAGCCUGCCUCCUCGACUGGCUGGCCGACAUCGAAAACCCCGCCUCGCGAAAACACACCGGACGCCCCGCAAAACUUUAUUGUCCACAAUGCAAAUCCGAAAUCGUCAUAUCUCGCCCGCGCAGCUUGGUUGUUGAUAUGGUCCGGUCCGUUGAGCGGCUAGCUAGUCGCCUGGUGCUUCCGGGAAUGGUAUUCACGCUGGCCGGCACGGUGUGGGCGGGCUGCUGUGCGCAUGGCGUGUAUUCCGUGUACUUCGUUUUUGGCUCAGAGGAUGCGCAGCGGAUAUUCCAGACGCGGAGGGACGCGACGUGGAAUCCACGGUUGAAUUUUGGAUUACCCCUUAUACCCGUUCUGCUUAUACUUUCGAGAACGAAGUAUGCCGAAGGUCUGCUGCCGGCCAUCCCCGUUCUUUUCUUCGCCACGCAUCAGGCGGGCAGUCAGGAGCUGGAGAUGGAUUUCUGGCCGCCCAGUGCCUCUAUGGCGUUUGCUGCGCUACCUUAUGCUAAGAGCUUUUACGGUAUGGUCUACGAGAAACUUUUUGGGAAAUUGGAGAGGAAAUGGAUUGCGGAGGUCCAGCCCCGUUCGGGGGAGGAUGGUCCUGCCGAUGGACAGGCCGGAGCUCAUGGUGUCGCUGAGAUAGGCCAUGGCGAUAUUCUCAUGGAGAUCGAUUUGGAGUUACAACUUGGGCUUGGUGGAGGAAACAACGAUGAAAAUGCUGCUAAUCUACAUCCGUUACCUGGAGCUGGUGGAGAGGCCCCUCAGGUGAAUGGUGCCGAUAAUGGCGAAGCUGCUCAAAACCAAGCUGCCGAAGGUGGGGCUGACCAAGGCAACCAAAUGCUCGGUCGACGACAGGAUGCCAUCAUCCACGACACCAGCAGUAUCGCAGACACGGUUCUAGGGGCGUUGCUAUUCCCUGCCAUCUCCGCAUCGAUGGGCGGCGUGCUAAAAUUGGCCUUGCCGAAGGCGUGGACAACGGCUCCCUCCGCAGCAUCAGGUCCCGUACUUGACAAAGGGAGGGUGGGCUUGCUGCAGAGCAAAUGGGGACGGAGCGUGGUUGGAGGGUGUUUGUUUGUACUUUUGAAGGAUGCUCUGGUGUUGUACUGCCGGUGGAAGCUGGCUAGUACGCAUCGCAAACGAAAGGUCCUGAAUUACGAUCGGUCGAAGAAGAAGGUUGUGGGCAGUAGGGGGUCACAGUAA